UGCGCCAAGCACAGGAACAGCUUUGACACUAAACACAGGGCGUCGUUGUAUUCCCUUGCAAAUUGACGAGAAGCGAAGGAUGUGCACGAUGCUGAAAUUUUUUGCAGCGUUAUCACUGUGCUGUGUGGUUCAUUUUGUGGAGGGCGGCGACAGCUGUGGACAGCCGGCUGAUAUUGUGUUCAUCAUUGACACGUCGCGAAGUAUCUGGCCUCCAUACUUUGCCCAGCAGCUCAAGUUUGUACAGAAUGUUGUUAAAAUGUUCCAAGUUCAGGGAGACAAAACCAGGGUUGGAGCAAUAACUUUCAGCGAGGGAGCUAAAUCAGAGUUUGGUUUGGGCGAUUUCGAAGAUAAAAAAUUAGUUUUAGACGCUAUUGGUGGAAUAGAGUUCACGAUGGGUGGAGCCACAGAUACAUAUAUGGGGCUGCAGAUCGUACAAAAGAUGAUGGCGGAUCUUGGCAGAGAAGGAGUUCCUCACAUUGCGAUUAUCCUCACAGAUGGAAAAUCAUCAAAUACGUCCCUAACCUUACAAGAAUCGGCAAAGGCGAAGGGAGCGGGUAUUCAGAUCUUCGCAGUCGGUAUAGGAAGCAGCGUAGACGCCAAGGAACUGGAGGAAAUGGCCAGCUCCCCCGCGGAGGAGUACGUCAAGACUGUCAGCUUCCGGAGACUCGACUCCAUCCGAUCACUGCUCGCUCUGGCGGCAUGUCAAGUGACAACCCCCGUUCCACCUUCUACAACAGAGGCAACAACGACAACGACACCUACGACCACUACUACUACAACUACAACAACUACAACUACCACAACUACAACUACCACAGUUCCAACAACGACCACAACCACCACAACUACCACGACUACACCUACAACAACGACAGAGAGUCUUGAUGAUAUAAUGGGAGCAGAAGCAAUGAGACUGUGCGGUGGGAAGCCAGCAGACGUCAUCUUCGUCCUUGACACCUCCAGCAGCAUCUGGAUUGACGACUUCCUCGUACAACAAGAUUUCGUCAGCGACGUCGUCGACAUCUUCGACAUCGGUCCAUGGAAAAUUCAGGUUGGUUUGGUAACCUUCAGCGACAACGCUUCUGUGGCGUUCCAUCUCAACACCUUCAAAGACAAGGCUUCCAUUCAGAACGCAGUCAAGGCCAUCAACUACACUGGCGGAAAGACCUACACAGCCGAUGCUCUAUCUCUGGUGAAGAGUAGCGUGAUGUCUGCCAGGAACGGGUUCCGGAAGUCCGUGGCACACGUUACCAUCGUUAUCACUGAUGGCAUGUCCGCAGAACCAGAGAAGACGAAAAGCGUCGCCGCUAAACUGAAAAAGGAUGGGAUGUAUGUUUUUGCAAUAGGAGUCAGUAACCGAACGGACAUGCCGGAGCUGAAGGCUAUAGGCUCCUCUCCUACUGAUCAGUACGUCUAUCAGGUCAAUGGCUACAAUGCUCUGAGGAAACUCAAGAACAUCCUUGCCAUGAAGACUUGCGAAGUCGAGUUCAUGCAAGGAGACCAGCCCAACCAAUGUGCCAGCACAAGGCCAACUGACGUACUGUUCGUCACUGACUUUACCGGAGCUGGGGGCAAGGACGUAACAACAAGCAUUGAUAUUGUGAAAAGAUCAGCUGACUCCCUCAACGUUGGUGAGGACAAGAUACGUGUUGGACUCGUAUCAAAUGACUGUCCGGAUGUUAAAAACAUACCCCUGAAUAGGUAUUACUACUAUGAUGCAUUUAUGGAUGCUGUACAGAAAACUAACUCCCAAUCACUAACCAAGCUCCUCGUCCAAACUCGCCGGACGCUGACCGUGUCUCGCAAUGGGUCCCGUAGAAGUGCCAAGAAAGUCGCCGUUGUGUUGGUGAAUGGUCCUAUCAAAGACCUAAAAUCCGUGGCGAGGGAGGUACAAAGAGCGGAAUAUAAGAAAGUUAAGUUUGUCUUUGUCAAGUCCGGAAGUGGAGCCAGUCUGAAGCAACUCCAGCAGCUGUCGAGGUUCCCAGUUCUUGAUGCCGAGAGUGUAGACUUUAAAAAUGACCUGACAGACAGACUCUGUGAAGUUGUCAGCAUGUCGUAAACCAUCUCAAGAAGAAGACGAGGAAAACCAUUAUCGACAGCCAUCAUCUUGUAUAUAUUAACACUGCCAUCAAGAAAUCGUCCCGAUACUACGCAACUCCUUUAUUAGAACAAAAAUAACCAUGUUUUUGAGGAUUUCCCCAAGUUCCCUGCAAACAUUGUGUAUUAAAAAUGCUAACGAUUCGGAAAAAGGCUAGUUGUAACUUAGCUCUGUGGUCGUACAUUUAAAUUCUGUACUGAUGUACGGUCAUGUGAAAAGAUAAAAUGACGUCAUGAAAUGGUAAUCUUCAGUUUAGAAAGACAUUUUCCGAAUAGCAUGUAUAUAUCAUCACUAUUAUAUUUAUGUAUUUAUGUUUUCACUAUGUAGCCAUGUUAUCGACUGAAACAUCAAGAUGACGAUUCACGUUGGUCCUCGUAAGUACUAGUAUUUAAGAAAAACGAUUCACAGUUACGUGUCUAAAAGCGUAUGAUUACAGUUGUUCGUCACCUAUUUUUACAGACAAAAAAUGAAUAAAAUUAUAUAUUAAUCCA